AUGGCGUGGCAAGGUCACCACCACCGUGACCUUGCCACGCCAAGAUCCACCCUAAAUAGGCCACCAUUGCACACUGAGAGAAACAGGGAGUGGAGAUGGAGAGAUAGAGUGGGAUGCUUGCUUGUCCGAAAGUCCCUGUAUCCUAAUUCCCCUUCACCGCAUUCAUUUUCAAUACACCAGAAUAAUGUUAAUGGCAACGUCGAGAACACCAAGAGUCAAGUUGUUAGAGAGCCAAGCAUUGCUGUUGAUCAGAAACCGAAAGGGAAGCGAUGGACUGAGGAAGAGCACAAAUUAUUUCUAAUUGGUCUAAACCAGCUUGGGAAACAUGAUUGGAAAGAAAUUUCACAGAAGUUUGUGAUCACCAAAACCCCAGCCCAGGUUGCUAGUCAUGCACAGAAAUAUUUCUUGAGACAGGCUGAAACUAAUAAGAUGAAACGUAGACCGAGUGUGUUUGACUUGACUCUGCAGAAUGAAGCGGAAAUCUCUCCGUCUGCUCCUAAGGAUUGCCAAGUUUCACAAACUAAGAAAAGUGAUGCUGAAAGCAGCUCUGAAUCUUUGGCAUUGGACAUUCCACCACUUGCUCAAAUUCCAGCCUCUGUAUGUGGUGCUCCAAGUUAUUGUCAGAUUCCUUCCAUGGUGGGAAUGCCUGGCAGUGCACUGUUCAUCCCAAACCCAAUGGUGAAUUUUACCAGCCAAAGUUAUUCGUGCUGGUUGCCUGGAACCCAGCAGACUUUUUGUACUCGUGCUUCUGAUAUUAUUGAUCCAUCCAAUAUUCCUUCACCACCAUCUUUCUGUCGCAGUCUAUCUGAUUUAGGCAGUAGGCUUUCAUCAAUUGCUAGAGAUGUUGAAGAGCUUACAAUAGGACAGCCUCAGACCUCCCGAGGAAUAAAUGUAUCAACUCAAACAUCUGGAGCUAUUGGAGUGACAUGAAAAGUUUUGAUGAGUUGAAGCUUGAUUUUUGCAUUUUGAUUUAUCAGUUAAAAGGCUAUAAAUUUUUCCCCCUUGCGUAUAAAAUAGGGGGCUGAAGGCUUGAGUCAGAAAAAGGUUAGAAGGCAAUUUAUUCUUUACUAUUUAGUGUACUUUGAGAUAUUUUACACUAUCUGGGUUCUUAUCUUUUUCCUUAUAAGUAAUUAAUAAAUCUGUGGAAAAUUCACCAAUUUCUAUCUAUUUUUGAUUA